AAGGGCAAAAGAGGAAUCCAAUCUGUUGCGGAUAAGAGAAGCUCUAGUGUGUCAAAUUAAGAUCCCAACCCCAAACACACACAGAAGAGAGAGCGCCAAAGAUAGUGAGAACUGAGAAGGAGAUAAUGGCUGCCAUAAGCAUGGCUUGCGUUUCUUCACAAUGCUUAUCCAUUUCUUCCAAGCUUCAUAAUCUCUCUUUUUCUUCAACCCAAUUUCCUAAUUCAUCACUCAAACCUCUCACUUUCUCCGCUAACUUAUCUCAACCUCUUUUUUCUCAAGGAUGCUCGUCUCUUGGCUCAUUCCAGCGACGUGGCUUCUCAGUGGUCUGUGAGGUUGCCACUCUAAAGAAGGCUGAUUCUGCAGCUAAAAGAACUCGCCAAGCAGAGACUCGGCGUCUUAGGAACAAAGCUCGCAAAUCUGAGGUUAAGACUCGCAUGAGGAAGGUUUUUGAAGCAUUGGAUGCGUUGAAGAAGAAAAGCGGUGCCAGCACAGAAGAACUUGUACCAAUAGACAAUCUGAUCGCAGAAGCUUAUUCAGCCAUAGACAAGGCAGUGGUGAAGGGUACCCUACAUCGGAACACUGCUGCACGCCGUAAAUCUCGGCUGGCUCGAAACAAGAAGGUUGUGGAGAUCCAUCAUGGUUGGUACACACCUUCCCUAGCACCAACCAAUGUCUAGUCUGCCCUUUACUUGUAAUUAGUACUCGACUUAUAUGACCUCUAAAUCAAUUGAUGUUGUCAAUUUUUGUUUUGUUAUUAGUGUCAUUUUGUAGCCAACAAUUUAUUUGCAAUUUUUUUAUUUUUCUCCAUAUAUACUCUCGAUUAUGGACGACAACGAUUGCACACAAUGAUUUUACAGUGGUAAUGGUAGUGGUAAGUCAUCUUUCGUUUUUCCAA